AUGAGGCGCCUCGCCGGCAGACCUCGUGCAGAUAAGGAAUUGCAAUUGCGCGCCGCGGGGGAUGGCGCACAAAUCAUGAAGCGGAAUGGCGUUGUUCGUGGUGCUUUGGGCCGCCUCAAAUCGGGAUGGGGGGUUCCGCUCCCCGCAGUGAGGGGCACGCCGUCCGGGAAACGGCGACGUUUAUUGUAUGGCCCGGUUGCCAGGGACGCCCAAGAAGGCGAAGGGGCCAACGUUCCGCCGGGCCACGCUUCCCAAUAUCUUGAUGCGGCCUAUGCUGAAUGCGCCCCCUUGUUUGAUCUAAAGGCCUCCUUUUUCCAGGUGGGCCUGCCUGCGGGUGUUCUGGCGGGGUUCCGUUGUUGUGCGGGGGGCGGGGGAAUUGUGGCGCCAAACCGGCCCUGGAAUUUUUACACGCCAUCGGGAGAGUCUCGGCGGGAGGCUCGGGGAUGGAAAAACCGCAUUUUGCAGCCCCAGAGCAAUUGA